GUGUGUGUGUGUCCUACUUGCAGCCGCUGUGCGGUGUGUCAAAGUGUGUGUCCUCUCAGUUGUGAAUUUCCCUUUCCGACCGCACUUCAGUGGGCAAACAGCAAAACUCUCAGAUCAUCAGAGACUAAAACCUCCAGAUCACUUCCUCUGAGUCCAGCCAGAGAGCAGCAGCAGGAGAGACCGGCCGGACUGGACGAUGGAGGGAAGACGUGUUCUGCAGCUGCUCUGUCUGACCUUCACUCUCAUCUCCACCACUCUGCCAUCUCUUCAAGCAGGACUGACUGUGAGUCCCAGCAGAUCUCAGUUCCUUCAAGGAGACUCAGUGUCUCUGAGCUGUGAGGAGGACGGAUGGACAGUUUGGAGGAAGACCAGCAGGAGACAGAGGAGUUCAUGUGAAGACGGGUGGGGGAAACCUGCUGGUUCCUCCUGUAGCAUCGGCUACAUGUUUACCUGGGACAGUGGAGUUUACUGGUGUGAGUCCAGAGAGGGAGCAGCUGGAAGCAGCAUCAACAUCACUGUAGCUGUCUUCCCAGGGCGGGACACCACAAGUUCCCCAGCUGGGAGUCUCUCUGUAGCUCCGCCCACUGAUGUAGCUCCGCCCAAGUCUGGAGCUCCACUCACUUCUCUUCAGCUUGUGAUCACAGUUGUCCGCCACCUGGUGGUUUUCUGUCCGUACUUCAUCUCCACUCUGCUCAUGGUGUCGAUAUAUCGAGGCAGAGCCAAAGUGAGAGCAGCUGUGAGACACGUAGACUGGAACCAGGCUGACUGGACGAUGGAGGGAAGACGUGUUCUGCAGCUGCUCUGUCUGACCUUCACUCUCAUCUCCACCACUCUGCCAUCUCCUCCAGCAGGUCUGACUGUGAGUCCCAGCAGAUCUCAGUUCCUUCAAGGAGCCUCAGUGUCUCUGAGCUGUGAGGAGGACGGAUGGACAGUGUGGAGGAAGACCAAAAGAAGAGAGAGGAGUUCAUGUGAAGACGGGUGGGGGAAACCUGCUGGUUCCUCCUGUAGCAUCAGCUACAUGUUUACCUGGGACAGUGGAGUUUACUGGUGUGAGUCCAGAGAGGGAGCAGCUGGAAGCAGCAUCAACAUCACUUCAGAUACAGUGGUCCUCCAGAGUCCAGUCCUCCCUGUGAUGGAGGGACAGGACGUCACUCUGGGUUGUAGAACCAGCGCUCCCUCCACCCUCUCAGCUAGUUUCUUUAAAGAUGGCGUCUUCAUCGGGACCGAGUCCACAGGUCACAUGACCCUCCGCCAUGUUUCCCGCUCUGCUGAAGGCCUCUACAGGUGUAGCUUCAGAGGUGUUGGAGAGUCUCCACCCAGCUGGAUCUCUGUCUCAGCUCCACCUACCAAGGCAGCUCCGCCCACUGAGGAAACUCCACCCAGAAGUGGAGCUCCGCCCAUUUCCAUCACCUCCCUCCAGCUUGUGGUCAGAGUUUUCUGCUACCUGGUGGUUUUCUCUCUGAACUCCAUCUCCACUCUGCUCACGGUGUCUUUAUAUCAAGACAGAACCAAAGGGGAAGAAGCUGUUUUUGAGUCUGUUUGUUUCGCUGGUGAUGGAGCUGACCCUUCCUCCAGAGGGCAGCAUGCAGGACAGGUGGCGGACAUCUCUCAUGAUUGCCUCGGCUCUGGAAAUGAACAAGUCGUCCCCAUGGCGACGCCCUCCGGCUGAGCAGGGAUUGGACGAUGGAGUGAUGAUGUCAUAACCAGUAUAACCAGUCAGCGUCCGCUCUGAAGAUGUGCAGCUGUUGUUGUUGUUGUGCAGAAUGAAUAAAACCUUCAGAUUUUCAGUCGA